AUGAAAGAUUUAGGGUUUGAGCCUUCUCUUGUAACCUAUAACACCGUCAUUAAGCUUUUAUGUGAUAACUUCAGAUAUAAGCAAGCACUUGAGAUGCUCGAUACCAUGCGUAAGAAUGGAUGUCAGCCAAAUGCAAUUUCAUAUCAUUUCUUUUUCGCUUGCAUGGAAAAGCCUAGGGAUAUACUCACAUUGUUUUAUAAAAUGAUUGGAAGUGGAAUUCGGCCAAGUAUGGACACCUAUGUGAUGCUUGUGAGGAAGUUUGGGAGGUGGGGAUUUCUUCGACCAGUUUUUUUAGUGUGGGAGAAAAUGGAAGAACUUGGAUCCAGUCCUGAUGCAUCUGCUUACAAUGCUUUGAUAGAUGCUCUUGUGGAAAAGGGAUUAUUAGACUUGGCUAGGAAAUAUGAUGAAGAGAUGUUAACAAAAGGACUUUCAUCUAGGCCAAGGAAAGAAUUGGAGACAACACUGGAGGUGACAGGAGAAUCCCCUGGCGGAUAG